GAAAUGAGAAUGGGAAGGGUAGUUUAGUCAUGUAAUUUUUUAGGGUAUUUGCGUCAUUGUAGACCAAUCUCCUUUACAUCAGAGCCCCUCUGGAGUCUGGAUGUCUGAUGUCGCCAUUGUUUCAGCGUUUCAGGCAGCCUCUGAAGUCAGAAAUGGUGGUAACGGCGGACUUGUCAUUCUUACAGUGACCUACAUCUACAUGACCAGCACACCACGCCUCCUCUCUAGUCCUUACCUAUUCUUUCUACGGAUCAAAAAUCCCUUCAAACCCUCCACAGCCGUCCGAUCUCUCUGCAACAUAUCUCCUCCUCCUAAUCGAAUAAUGGCGUAUAGGAGUCACCCCGAUUCAGCAAAAGAGGGGGACCCAAAUGGUGAAAACAAGACUGUAAAUUACCCAAUCCCUUUGUCUCCGCCAUUGCCUGCGAUUUCAAAGCAGAUGGAGCUGGCUAGAGCCAUGUCCGCGUCCUCAAAAUCGAGUCUCUUUUCACUCUCCUUAAGCGAUGUGCUGUUCGAAGACGAGUGGCUGAUCGUCGUAAACAAACCACAAGGGAUUUACUGUGAAAGCGUAUUGGCUUCAGUUCCUCGUCUUUGGAGCAAUUCCACUGAUUCCUCAACACUGAGAAAUGAAUCUAACCCACUGGAGCUCCAUCUAGCCAAUCGACUUGACCGCGACACUAGCGGUGUAAUGGUCAUAACCAAGUCACACAAGAUAGCAGGAAAACUUGUGAAGGCAUUCACAGACCACAAGGUUUCAAAAACGUACGUGGUUCUGUGCAUUGGAGCUGCUCCAAAGUGGGAGACAAUCAGCAUAAAAUCAGGCCAUGGUAGAUCUAAGUUUGGUGCAUGGCGAGUCUAUGCUGCAUCAGAUGUUGGUCGGACACUCCCUGGCGGUUCAGUGGUCAGAGACAUGGCAACUUCAUUUGAAGUUCUCUCAGUGAAUGGGCAAGGGAACUUCAGAGAACCAACUAAACAUACUAUUAGUGAAGAAGAAUUCCAACUUGUUGAAGAACGAGGCGUCAGUUUAAGCAACGAUGAUAAAAAGGAUGAGAUGUUGAUAAGAGCAUAUCCUAAGAACGGCAGAACGCAUCAGAUUCGUUUGCACUGUCAGUACCUCAGAAUUCCAAUAAGAGGGGAUGUGAAAUAUGAAGGUGUCUAUGAGUGGAGGGGGCAAAUGUUUGAUGGUCAUGCCCUUCAUGCAGAGAGCUUGUCAUUCAGUCAUCCUGUCACUGGACUUCCAGUUGAAGUCAAGGCACCUCUGCCCCUGUGGGCAGAACAAGCAUUUACAGCUGAUGCUAGAGCCUCCCAAUAGAUUUUGCAGUGAUGCUCUGCUAAAUACCAGACGAUUGACAUUGUUCACAUCAGAUAUUGUUUUAUGGAUAUCUGUCCAACUUUUAUCCGGAUAAAGAUAUGAAAGCUAUAGUCAAGGUGGUUGGUGGAAUCUGCAGUCUGUGUCACAUGGAAAGCUUCUACCGAUGACCAAAUGGUCUGCAUUCAAUCUUCAUUUCUGCUCUGGACAACUUGUUAGGUUCGUUUGCAGUCCUUCCACAGAUCUAAUAUAUCAGAUCGGCUUGUGUGUGAUAUGUAUCUCUUCUUAUAUUUAUAUCAAAGUAUGUAGGUUCUUUAAGCUACUGUAAAUGAUCAAUUGGAAUUUUAGAAGAGUUACAACUUACAAGUUGUUUCCCACAUAACCAAUUUGGUUCCAACUUCCACUCCUUCCACAAUUGUUCCUACCAAUUAAUGAGAUGUAUCUCCAAGAAGCAUUCGAAGAGUAUAUAGUCAAAGAUCAGGGAUGCACAGAUGAAUUGGGGAAGGAGGAAAUCUGCUCUAAAAGUUGACUAAAACAGAUCCUGUAGGGCUACAAGAGAAUGCAAUUGACACAUUGAGAGAAGGGUAACUUUCAUUCAAACAAAAAAGGAAGGGAUGUACAUGAGAAGAUGUACCAAAAAGGGCAAAAAAACACAAAAAGAAGAAUAUUGGAUGUUUUUCUUUCUUUUCCUGCAAAAGAAGAAUAUUGGAUGUUUCAUUUCCU